CCGCAGGGGUGUGCGCGGCGCUGCCUCGCCCGGCGGGCAUUGCUUGCUCGGUGGGAGGCUGCAAGGUAGGUGGGUGUGAGCUCAGCCCAGUCAGACGCGCAGGCGGGGAAGCCCGUCCUCCGCGGCGAGUCCAGCGCCUGCUUCAGCCUCCCAUUUGUGCCAGCGCAGCGGAGCGGGCGGCGGCGGAGCCGUGGUCAGGCGGAAGUGACGGCCGCUUCACCUGCUGGGCUUGCGAGGGUCGGGCCGCAGAGUGUCCGCCGGGAAUUUACUCGGGAGUCGCCGCUGCUGCUGCUGCUUCUCCGGCUGACUUGUCCCCGCCAUGGAGUGGCUGCUGCUGGCGCGCUUGCUGUGGAGUCUCCUGUUUCUGUGCGCAGGUAAGGAAAGGAGGCGACGGAGCCGGCGCCCUGAGGGGAAAGAGACCCCGCUUCCUCCCCCCCACCCCGCUUCGCUUCGCUUCCCCGGCCCUGUUUUCCCUGCGCCCCGCUUCGUGGCGGCCCCCGCCCCACCUUCCGCGCGCGCUUCCCGGGCGCUUCUUCUGCCGGUCUCCGCGGGAGGAGGUGGGGGAACAAAGAGUCGGAGUCGCGGUGGGCAGCACGCGCGGGCGGGGGCUGAUUUUCGCGAACUAUGACUGGAGGUCCUCAGUCACUCAGUGCUUGGGCUGCUCCAAAGUAUUGCCUACAGAUACCCGCGCGCACUUUCUGAAAUAAAAAUGUUUUCGGAACUAUGGAUAAAAAAGAGAGAUACGAGCGUCUGUGCUUGGCGCGAAGUACUUCGCCUGUUGGCGGCUUCCCACGUAGCUAUAAUGUUUUAAAAUGUGAUGUGUGCAACUUCUCUCUCUUUUAAAACCUUUUUUGUGGGCUUUGUUCCUUGGUUGGGUUGGGGGGGGCGAGGGCGCGCUCAAACCGGACUGGUCUCAACCUGGGCUGGCCGAGCUCCUCUCUCUGUCUCUGGUGAUUCACCCGGGCUGAGGUCGAAGGCUUUGUUGUGUGGCUGAACGUCCCUCCGCCGCCCUUCCCUUCCCCACGCCCCAUAGCGAAGCCCUCCCUCCUCUGGACUCGGCUGCCAGCCGGAAUUUGUGUGUGUUCUUUGCGUGGGAUGACUUCUUCUCUUAACAAAACAAAUAAAAGCAAGGCUUCUUCCAGAUCCUAGCACCGCCAUCUCAAUCCGCACAAUCCGAACGCGGCAGACUGGCUGUGCCUUGGAAGGUGCAAGGCAAAAAAGGAAGGGGAAAAAAGAUUUUGCCAAACGUGGGCUCUUCGACAAGCAGCCAAGCCGGCAGCGCCAGGAGGGCUCGAGGGAGAGAGGGAGGAGGGGCAAAGCUCUCCUUGCAAUCUCUGUGAUCUGGGCAGCAGCGUGGUCCUUUCUUCUACUCUCUUCCCCUGUGUUUCUGGGAAAGAAAGAAAAAGACACCGAAGAUCUUUUUAAAAAAGCAAAAUAUUGUGCUCUUCAGUUUAGGAUUAAUUUUUAGCCUCUCUUCAGAAUUGGACUCUGACUGUAGAUUGGGAAGCUAGUUGAAUACUGGAAAUAAAUAGGAUUAAUAGCUGCAUGUAGAGUAGGUACAUUAUUAUUAUUAUUUUCCUUAAAGGCUGAGGCUGUUUUGCGGCUUGAACAUGUGAACUUAAAGGCUGCCUUCACCACAGUGAUUUUUUCCCCUUGGUAUCUCUAGGAAAGAAAACCUGUAUUACCGGCUGUACUGAAAUAAAUCCAUAAUGCAUGGCGAAUGCAUGUCUUUUUACUUUGGCACAAUUCACAAAACGGGCAGGACUAUUUCUUAGUGGUUUGCUACGACUGUUGUAUGUAGAAGAUUUAGUUUCUGAAAUCUGCAGGAGGAACAAGACUGGCUGAAGAAGUCUGGCAGUCUUGAGGCAGUUGCACAAUGCACAGAUAUUAGUGCACAUAUGGUUGGUUGGUUUUUAAAUGGAAGUCAUAUCCAUAAGAAAAGUGAAGUGGCUUUCUUCCAGUGUGUCGUCUUGUAUUGAACUUGAGAUACUGAUGGAGCAUCUUUGGAAAUGAAUUGAUGUAGAUGUUCUGCUCCAUGAAAAAUGCUUUGCCCAGCAAGUAGGGGCUGGAGCAUAGGAUGGUGGGAGUUUUGUGUGUGUUCUCCAAGUUGUAAAUAUAUUUGGAAUGCUAACUUUUAAAUAACCACAAGCUAAAUUAUAAAUGUAAGUUUGCAAUCUGGAUACCUUUGAAAAUAUAAAAGCCUUUUUGAAGGUUUUCAUAGAACUAGUAAUGUAAUAGUGGACAAUUCUCUUCAUUUUGAGAAAUUGCUUGUAAUUAUAUCCUCUUCUCAAAACCUAGCUAUUAAAUUGCAUGCAACAAUCAGAAUUCAAUGCAUGCAACACCUGUGGGGUUAAAAGCUAUGCAAAAUAAAAGCUUUUCAACACUUUUCAGCCCUUUGUUUCCUGUUGAAAUGUUUUAUCCUAUUGUUGAUGUCAUACAUGCUUUGGAACAUUACUCAUGGGAUAAAAAUCCUGUCCAGUCAUCAAAUAAUAUUUUGUUCAAAGUACAUAGAAGUAAAAAACUGAUUCAAGUUUUAAAUAGCAGCCUAGAAUCAGACACCUGUUUUUACUGUGUGGUAAUAAAAGUGACGAUUGAUUAAAUCUCAUUUAUAAGAGAUUUUAACUUUGGUCUGAUGUCAACAAAUGCUUUCAUUUUAUCCAGAAAACCAGUACUUAUAAAAUAGAUGGUUCAGAAAUGGAUUUCUUUCCCAAUUGUCACAGAAUUAUACCAUACACAGAUAACUUAGGUUGCUCAUCAAGUGCUGCACUGAAACUUAAUCAUCAUAAUUCCUCAUGUAACAAUGAAGGCAUAUAAUAACACUGACCACUAGUUUAUAGUUUGUUAGCUGGUAAUUAAGAAUUUUCAGAAUUGAAAACAGGUUUGUACAGUUGAAGGUUUGCAAAUUUUGACUUGGAUUACUAGUUAAAUUAUUGUUUGUAAUCUUCAUAGAACUCUCCCUGUAACAGACCUUUGGAAUUUGCAGAUACAUUUAGGAAGAGCAAGUGCUUGCUUGCUCUUCUGCUAGAUUUUUGCAAAUGGAGAAAUGGGUUCUGGCACUGCCAGCUUCUGCAAAUUUCUAAUGGGGAAAGGGAUUCAUGUCUCCUUUUCUUCCUCCCAAUUCUCUGUGGAAAUGUUGGUAAUCCUAUAGUAAGAAAAGCUGCAAAAUCCUAUAGUAACUAAAGCUGGGGAUAUAAGGGGAGGGGAAAGGAGUAGUUUUCUGUUUUUUUACUUACUACAAAACCCAGAGGUGGGACAGAACUCACAGCUUUUGCUCAUUAAACUUUUAUGGGGAGAAAAGGGCAGGGUAGUUAAUGUCUCAUGAAUGGAAAAGCAGGGAUUGAUUGAUUGAUUGAUUGAUUUAUAUUUAUUAAAUUUGUAUACCGCCCUUCAUCUGAAGAUCACAGGGCAGAUCACAACAUUAAAAUACAUAAUAAAAACAAAAGCAAAUCAAUAACCCCUCCUCACGCAACACAUUUAAAAGGCCAAAUUCUGAGCAUUUGUAAGGUCUUACUUCAGUGUGCAUUCUUUUAUGUUUAAUAAGAUCAAAUGGAGAAGUAAAUCCCUUGUCGCAGUCUGAGUGUUCUUAUGUCCUCUCCACUUCAUGGGUUCUGUGGUGUGCAAUAAGCUGUGUGCUGCUCUGGAAGCCCUGCUCACAUUCCAAGCAUUUAUAAGGCCUCUCCGUGAUGUGGAUGAGUUGAUGUCUAACAAGGUUUGAUUGAGAACUAUACCCCCUACCUCAUUCUGAGCACUUGUGUGGAUUUUCCCUUGUAUGUCUUCUCUAAUACACUUUAAGGAUGUUCUUCAACAGAAGCUCUGUCCACAUUCUGAGCAUUUAAAAGGCUUCUGUUUAGUGUUGGUUCUUUGAUGCACAGUAAGGUUGGAAUGAAAAGUAUACCUCUUGCCACAGUCCGAGCAUUCGUAUGGCCUCUCCCCUAUGUGGGUUCUCUAGUGUGCUUGAAGGCUGGUGCUGUAAUUUAAGUUCUGCCCUCGUUCUGAGCAUUUAUAAGGCCUCACAUGGGUUCUUCCAUGUUCAGCAAGCUUUUCCUUGUAACAAGCCUUUCUCCCCACAUACUUGGUACACGUACGGCCUCUCCACAGUGUAGGUUACUUGGUGUAAAGUAGGGCUUUGCAUGAAGCUUUUUUUUCACACAGUUCACAUUUAUAGAGAUGCUCUUCAGAUGUGGGAGGGUGGUUGCUAGUAGCAAGCAGGUGAGUUAAUGUGUGGAACCUUAUAUAUUAGAAAGAAAUUAAAUUGGGAACACCUAAUAAACAGUUAAAGUAAGUCAGAGCAGGCUGGCUUUGUAAUUUUCCUUGUUACAUCUGUUUAAUGCAAUGGCUCUCAGUAUCUUAACCACAUUUGAUUUCUGAUUUCCACAGUUGAUGGCUCGACCACAUGUUGCACGGAUUCUUGUUCUGCAUCCUUCUUACUAGUCGAGUCCCUGGAGCAUUUCAAUGCGUGGAAAUGAACAGGAUAGUCCAUUGGUGGUGAAAGGGUGUCUCCCAGGAAGUGCAAAGCAUUCCACUUCUACUACAAUGCGGCUCACUUGUGGCCAAAGCACCUGUCAGUUACAGGUGGUUGUGAUUGGCAAGGAACCUUCUUUUUGUGGGAGGAAGGAUAUAUGUGAAGACAGAUUGUGCCUACUAAAAAGUUGUGAAUUGCUGGAUUGAAUGAUUGUUGGCUUCACUUUAAUUAUUUAAAGGAUUUUUAUCCUGCCCAUAAGCUAAGACUUCCCGAGCAGCUUACAGAUCAUUUAGUUAAACCCAACAAGACAGUCCCUGUCCUCAGGCUUUCAGUCUUAACUUUGGGCCUGUACAGAUAAUGCAGUGCAAAUCAGAUCUGAUCCCAUGUGAUUAAUCCUAGACAUUCAAACUAAAAUGUGCACACAGUUUUCAGAUGGAAAAAACACAUUUCUCAGCAAUAAUAAUUUUAAUAAAAUUAAGAUGUACACAAACUGUUCACCAGUCUUUGUGUCUUAAUUUUUAAUUUCAUUAUUUGUUAAUUAAGGAAGAAUGCUAAAAUUCCCAUUUUUGCAGUUCUUGUCUGGCAGGCAUAGCAUUUCUUAAGUAUCUGAUAGCUAAAUAUUUUAAUAAUAAUAAUAAUAUCUUUAUUGUCAUUGCCCCCUUCGGGGACAACAAAAUUACUUAUUAUUUUAUUAGUUUUUGAAUUUUGUUCUAGCCUUAUGUGUCUAAAAUAACGAAAAGAUGCUGCAAGGUUUUGUUUUAGAGUUUGUCUUCUCUCUCUAGCAUUAGAAAACAAAAAUUUAAUUGAGUGUUCUAUGUUUUAGAAACUUCCUUUCAUUUCCCUCAGUAAUAGUCUCUAGAGGUCUCUGGAAGUAAUUAUAUAUUACAACGGGAAAUGUGGUGGUCUUAAUUCUGUGUUUUCUUGUAACAUCAAAGCAGUGACAGGGUUGGCAGUUGCAGUGGUGUGGAGAUGGAAGGAGGUGCAUAAGCUUUCUGCUUCCUACCAUUCUCACUGCAAAUGCCCAGCCCAGCAAAUGUUUACUGGUUUUCCAAAGAUGUGGGUAGGAUGUUAACUAGCUACCGUGUAGUUCUGCUCUCUCAUUGUUAACCACUUUCUAGGUAGUGUUUUCUAGGCAGGCACUGGGCAGCCAAUCUGUAGUGGCAAAGGUUUGUGGCAACACCUAUAUAGGAGCUGGCCGGUGUGACUACAACAUAGUCUUCUCUAGGACAGUCCAGCCUCUCAGGCCACGUGGGUUGGGCUGCAGGAGUACUUUGACACAGAACCUGCGAGCCGCACACUGAGUUCAAAUUGUAAUACAAUAAAAUACAAUAUAUACAAAAUAAAAGGAGGAAUUCGAAUACAGUUGUACCUUGGUUCUCAAACGCCUUUGUACUUGUACGUUUUGGGUCCCAAAUGCCAAAAACCCGGAAGUAAGUGUUCUGGUUUUCUAAUGAUUUUUGGAAGCCGAGUGUCCGAUGCGGCUUCCACUUGAGUGCAAGAAGCUCCUGCAGCCAAUCGGAAGCCGCACCUUGGUUGUCAAAUGGUUUCAGGAGUCAAAUGGACUCAUAGAACGGAUUAAGUUCGAGAACCAAGGUUCCACUGUACAUAACAGCUUCUAACACAGCACAUUAUUAAUGUUUACAACAACCAGAAAAAUAAUUAAGUGGUCCACCAAAGACCCUCAGCAAUUUUCAAGUGGUGGUGGUGGGGAGAAAGUUGGGGAACUACUGGUAUUGAAGAUUUACUGAGGAGAAACUACUCAGGAAGAAGACUAGGAGCUUUAGUUGACUGGAAGUUUUAGAUCAGAAAUAGCAGCAGUGGAGUUUGUUAGCACUGUCUCGCCAACAAUUGACUAAAACAUCCACGGAUGUAGAUCUAUUUUCUCCUUAUUUAACUGAUACCGCAGCUCCCUUCUUUUCUGGGUGCAAGAAGCUUGUAUGUAUAGUAGUCACCUUCUCGGUAGUGGUGCCCACCCUGUGGAACGCCGUCCCAUCAGAAGUCAAAGAAAUAAACAACUAUCUGACGUUUAGAAGACAUCUGAAAGCAGCUCUGUUUAGGGAAGUUUUUAAUGAUUGAUGUUUUAAUAUAUUUUUAAUCUUUUGUUGGAAACCGCCCAGAGCUGCUGGGGAAACCCAGCCAGAAGGGUGGGGUAUAAAUAAUUACUACUACUACUACUACUACUACUACUACUACUAUCACCUAUUGACCAAUCCUAUAAUGAUGAUGAUAAUAAUAAUAAUAAUUUAUUUAUUUAUUUAUAUCCCGCCCUCCCUAGCCAAAGCUGGGCUCAUUGCCAUGUCCUUUCUGCUUCCAAAAAGGUAGCAAAUAUCAAGUGUUGCUCGGUUAGCUCCCUUAAGUGCAGACCAUUUCCUAUGUAGGAUUGUUUUAAGGAUUGUAGCAUGGAUUUCUAUAAAAUCUGAUUGAGGCAGCCUAACAUUUCUCUAGUAUUUUGUCCUAUGCUCAUGAUUCCACUAAUGAUAUGCUCAGUGCCAGAAAACUCUUGACAGUGUGGAUGCCGUCAAAAGAGUUUCACAUAUGGUUAGAAUUCACAUUGAAGCAAAGACUUAUGCUGGCCACCACUGAUCUCCAAAUGCCCACACUUACUGCCUCCACCAAUUCCAUAAAUGAAUAAAUGCAUACUUCCUAAGGGCAGGGUCAUGCAGCUAAAAUACUUUUUUUAGGUCGUUAUCAUCAUCAUCCCUUGUCCUAAUUUUCCAUGUGUAACAUUCUCUACUCAAUGGUAAUAGGGCUUUGUUAGGUAUCUAUUUUUUUUAAGGUGUGGGAGGAGAGAAAUGUCGCCCUGCAUGACUCUCUAGUAAAGUGGCUGUUACUGCCCAAUUGGAACUGCUACAGCUUGCACUGCAACAUGGGGCAGUUGGCUUGCGCGGUAGCAACAUGCAGAGUCUUCAGCUACUGCGAGCCAGCUUGUUCGUGCAGUACCACAGAAGCAAAGGCCCCCCCCCACGGCUGUCAGAGAAUGGGGAGAAGGCAGGUCAGCUGAUGAGGGAGGGGAGUGUGGACAGGAGGCAAUGGCAGCACACAGUCUGGAACUGUUCCCUGGUGCGUUGCAGAAAGGAUACUAGGAGGAGAACUUCCCAACCUCUGCUGCAGGUUUGGCUUGGCUGUCCCCUCCCAGUCUUGCCCACUUAAUUCUAGAGUGGGGGUGCCCCCCUUUCAUGCGGACGCCACUCUGUAUACUCCUUCCCAUCUCUCUGAGUCCCUUCCUCCUUCCCUCUCACCUGGCUGCUCUUGGCUGGCCCAAAAACAAAGGUAAAAAUAACAAAACCGCAAUCUGAGACCAAAAGAACCUCAAACCAGCAACCACAAAAAGGGGCUGCUUGGGAAAACCGUCUCUUAGCAUUAAUAAUAAGGACGAUAAUGAUUAUUAUUAUCUUAUUCCAAGUACUUCCACAAUUGGGCCUUUGUUUUUUACUAUUCUGCUGAAAAGUGUGAGUACCUAGGAUUUCAAGAACUACGCUGUCAAGGCAAGUUUUCCUAAUCUGCAGAAGUUUACAUUUGCAACUAAACUAAAAAAAAAAAAUCCUCUCUUUACCUGUCAGGUUGCUUAACAAAUACAGAGACUCUCUUUGGGAGCUGCAACUAUAUUUAACAUAACUGCAAUACAAUCCUCCUCCUCAUAGAGGUGUCAUAUGUCCUUGGGAACUGCUGUUAAGAGAGUUGCCUUAGAAACAUCUUCAGUCUCUCCCAAGUGGCACAAUAGUUGCCUGGAUUCUGUUUGGCUACUAUAUUUACUUUUCCAGCCAAGAAGGGAUGGAAAUAAAAGCAUGGUCACACAGAAGUAUAUUAUAUCUAAUCAUUCAUCCCAGGUUACUUCAUAAUGUAUGUAAAGUAUCAAUUUCAUUUUUUGGGGGGAAACCCACUCCAUUUAUCCAUUCUACAGUGCUGGCCAGUAUCUUCAAAAAUACCUUUAAAAGCUUAGUGAAAGGAGGUUUUCAGCUGGUGCCUACAGUCAGAUGAUAUCAGUGGCAGUCAAAGCCCCAGGAUGGAGGAUGUUCUGUAAUAAAGUUGUCGUUUCUGAGAAAGCCCCUGUCAACUCCUAGACCUGCAGAUUACAGAAAAAGGGGGUUCCUCCAAUUGAUUCUCAAAGCACCAGCAGUACAGUAUGGGAAACACAUUCACUCAGGUAAUUUGGUCCUAAGCUGUUCAGGGCUUUUUUAUAUGUCAAAACCAUCACUUCUAAUAGGGCUCCAUAUGAAAAGGCAGACAGUGCAGGUCUCCCAGCACUGUCAUUCCACAGUCCCAAGUUGUUAGGCCUAUUAGACCUCCAGCAGCUGCCUUCCUUAUGCACUAGCUGCAAUCAUUUCAAGGGCAGCUCCACAUAGUACAACAAAUGAAAAUGGGUAAAAGCCCUGCUAGAUCAGACCAAAGGUCCUUCUAGUCUAGCUGCCUGUUCUCAUUGUGUCUGUUCACAAGCCAGAAAAUGAGCACAAUAGCACUCAUGAUUCCUAGCAACUGCUUAUCCUUGAAGUCAUGAUUAGUAGCCACAGAUCACCCAAACCUCCAUGAAUAUGUCUAAUUCUCUUUUAGUUGGUGGCCACCACCUCAUCUUGUAGGAGUGAAUUCCAUAGUUGUACUGUGCACAGUGUAAAGUAGCACUUCUUUUUGUUAGUUAUUCAAGAGUCUUUGGUGAGAAAUUGUAUUAAAAACUUUGACUUAGGUUGUGCUGCGAACUGCAUGUCUUGCACUAGGGUGCAUGAAAGACAUUACUUUUCCCACAAUCCAGAGAAACCUUGUGAAUAUCAGAGUCCUCCAUUCUUUCUGGACAACCCAUAAUUACUCCAAUUUGUAAGUGUCCUAAUGGGAGAUAAGACAGACUUUUCCUUUCCAAUAGAGGCACAGCAAUGUACUAUUUCAAAUGCAUCUCAAGAGUACCAGCAAAGUACCAUUUCAAACAAUGAACUCCUCCACCUUGAUGCAAGACUUGUCAGCAUCAAGACAGGGACUUCAAAUCAGUUUUGGACGAUAUAUUACUAUAUUGCCGAGCCCUACACUCCAAAACUCAGGAAAGGCCGUGACAUUCUAGGGGCAGGACAAAAAAUGGCCGGGGCAGCAAAGCACCAGUCACACUGUUCUCAAGUCAACAUGUUGUGUUACAAAUAUGAUGUUGAAUUUCAUGCACUGCAGCACAAACUAAAUCUCAGAACCACAAGAGAAUGUGAAGUCAGUGCACAGGGGCCAGAGUGUUGCAUCAAACAGUCAAGUUGGCAAACAUGCAUUGCUGCACAUGUCAGCAACUGGUGAGAUAACAAAUAACGCUGAUGCCAUAGGCUCCCUCAUUCUGUUGAUAAUUCUUUUGACCACAGGACUGACUGGCUGGUGCUCUCUUUUACUGCAGCUGAAAGAAAACACAUGUUUUCUGAAUUUGAUAAAUGUGUCUCAGUAGAGCAAGGCCAUCAACUGUUUGUUGCUAGGAGAAAUGUUUGGUUAACUUUUAAUUAAAUUAGAUUCUGUAUUUGUUCAGAAAAUGCUGUGAACACACUAGUUUUUAAUAAUGGAGAUAUAUUUUUAUUUAUAUAUUUAUAGUUUUAUUUUUUUUAUGAGAACCAGGAGUAUAUCUGUUCAACUGCAGAAAACAUUAAAGCUGUUCUGUGAAGUAACUUGUUAAAAAGUAUUUGCUAUGACAUAAUUUACUGUGAGGACUGUACUGGUAAGGACUGUAUCAAACAAUGGAUAGUCCCUGGUAAGGACAUACAUCAAACAGUGUGUGUUUUCCAAGUAAAAUAGACAACAGCUCAUGCAGUAGGAUUUGACUUUCCUUGCCUCUGCCCAGUAGCAGGUUUUCAGUGUCUGCAUUGGAAGGUUGCUGGGGUAAGUGUGGGCUCUCUGAAGCAGAUCUUGGAGAUCCCCAUUGGGUUGCAGAAGGUGAAGUCUUCUUGCAUAAGUAAUUCUUCUCUUCCAACGUUGGAUUCCUCCCAAAACUUAUACAUGAAAUUUCAGUUUUAAUUAUGUGUUUGAUUUAUUUAUUGCUAUCUUGACUUUAAAGAUCUAUGAAGAUGCUGAAAACAACACAGUUUGGUUCUGUCCAUUCUAGCUUAAGAAAAGAAAUAGACAUUUGUAGUGUAGACUAUGAGCUUGAGUUAAUUACAGGCAACAACUGUCUGAUGCAUGUCUGUGCAUGUGUAUAUCACGGCGAACUGGAAAAGGAGGUGGGGUGGUCUUAUGUGUGCUCCGUUGUUGCACGCAUUGGCCUGGAAUGCAACCUCCACACAGAUUGGCUGUUGCCUGUAUUAGAAUGUGGUUCUCUGAAUAUUUUACUUUUUAGUAAUUAAGUAGUACCCUAAUUUUACAUGAAGGAAACUAGUGUGAAAGCUCUUGUGGUGGUAUGCUUUUUCAUGUCUACCUGGUCUGCUCGUAUAUCUAGCCCAGUGUGGUGCCCUCCAGUUGUUUUGGACUACAAUCCCAUCAGCCCUAGCCAACAUAACUGCUCUGACUGGGGUAGUGAGAGUUGUAGUCCAAAACUUCUGGAGGGCACUAGGUUGGUAAAGGCUGUUUCCUAUAUAGCUAUUAGAAUUAUAGAGUUAGAAGGGACCCCGAGAGUCACGUAGUCCAACCCCCUGCAGUGCAGGAAUCUUAACAUGUGGUUCUCCAUCCAAGUUGAAAACAUACAGGACCCUGCUUAGCUUUGGAAUUGUGCCAGCAGUUCUGUUGCUGCAACACUAGGAAGAUGAAGUCUAUAGGGAAAGUCAAUGCAUCACUUACCUUGAAAAUUGCCCUACACUGGUGUUCAUAUGACACUUCUGUAAAUCAUGUAGACUGAAAACAGAGCCUGGUGAAUUCUUCAUUGUGACCCUAGUGCUUCUGCAGCACCCGGGCGUAUUGAUCGUUGCAUUAUAAGCACGAGUUGAACCACAGCUCUGGCAAAAAACCAAGAAAAUGGAUUUGGUGUUUGGGCUUGCAUCUUUCUAAGAUGUGCAUCCUGUUCAGCUCUAACAUUGCAGGAGGGAGCUUUAGAACUGCAAGAUUACAUUUCAUGUCCAAGUAACACAUUCUGUCUACAGAAAACCCACACUUCCAUACAUGUGAAAGCUCAUGUGAGCUGUCCGAGAGAAUGAGAAGAGCACCACGGUACCACCAAAACACUAUGGAAGAAUUUCAUGUUGGAAUGUUGGAUAAAUUUGAGGGGAGGGGAGGGGAAUAAGAUUUCUAUAUAUAUCUAAAAGGGCUUUUAUCCCAGAUAUUUCUGGCAAUAUAUCUGUGUUUAUGUUUUAUUUCCUAUCUUGUCAUACCUUUGUAGAAAACAGUAUUGGACAAACAAAGAUCUGUUUUAAAUAUAAAUAUAUAUGUUACAGCAUAUGUUAUGGAUUAGUGGCAUUUAAUAACUCUAGUACUGUAUGGUGGUAUAGCAAUUCUUGCGUGACUUAUCCUUUGUUACUUGGAUGUUAAUGUAAAAACAGUAAAAAUCUGUCAUAAAAAUCUAAUUGGUAGCAAAAAACAGUAUAGGAACAAGUUUGUUUCUUUUUUAAGCAUUGCAGAACACACCUCACCAUUUAUAUGGAAUAAUUUUGAAAACUACUUUUCACUUUUUUUUUUAGAGUUGAGAACGUAUAUUCUUAUUUAGAGUCCCCAAAUUUGUACAAACAUUUCUCUUGGUCUUUACUUAACUGUCUCUGAAAAAGUUCUUUGGCCAUUAUGCAGAUGUUGUAAUCAUUUGCUUGCCUAAAUGUGUGUGUCAGAUAUUUAUUGUCCUUCUGAGUAUAGCAUGCAACUGAGGAUUAUGCUGAUGUUCCAGGAGGAGAUGAAGCAGAAAAGGCUGCCAAAAGCAUUAGAUCUGAAAACCCAUUUGGGAUUUUAUGAAAAUGCUAAACUACACAGUUGUUUAAAAUUAAGCUGUCUUUGUCUGAAAAUGGAACUUCAUGAUAUGGCUGUAGAUUUACUGUGUUCUCUUUUGAAGAACGAUGUGAGAAAUGUCAUAUGAAUUCACUGAGAAAUAGCAGUCAUAUGUUGAUAGUCCUACACUUAAAAUUGUAUAACUUUUGUGAAAAAUAGGAGGGAUGAAGUAAACGUUUCCUGAUUCUGGUGAAUUGUUUAUCAAACAGUGGCCUGUUUCUCGUGUUACAUCAAGCCAUAGUUAAAAGAAACGAUGGUUUAAUGUGAAGAAGCUGCAUGUACCACUGUCCAAAAGUCCACACUUCACUCCUCCCCUGCUCCUCCUGUGCUGUAAAAUAAACAAGCCAGAAUCUCACCUUUUCAUGAAUGAAAACAUGAGCUUGUGGUUUUUUUCUAAUCUAGGUUUGUUUUGGGGGGAGAAACUAAUGAUAAGUCCGUGUUCGCACAUGAUGACAAGCCAGACUGUGGCUUGUUUCAUUUCCAGCAGGGGAGGAAUUGAAGUGCAAAUAGAAGUGCAUACAGCAUGGCCACAUAACUGGUUUACCAUGUGAAUUGGGCCAAUAUGUCAAUACUAGAUUAUUGUCUGAAUUUGGACACAUGGGAGUCUCAACAUUUGACAUUACCAACUUAUGCCCCCCCCCCACAUUUUCGUGGUAGAGGGGGUAGUUCAGUAAUAACACACAGAGAGUAUUAUGUACUGAAGUUCUCACCCUGGGCCAGCAGGGGGAUACUGUAGAUAGUUUUCACUCAGGUCCACAUAUGCAAAUAAGAGAUUGAAAGUGACAUUCAGUGAUUGGGUAGUUACAGAAAAUGGUUACUCUUGCGUUCUAGUGGAGCUCUAUAUAAGCAGGCUGGCUGAACCCUUCAGUUCAGUUCUUUUCUGGCCUGUGAAUAAACAAGAGCUAUUUGAAGAAUCGCUGUGUCGUCUGAUAUGUUCACCCACAACUUAACACAGAGAGAUUUAUGGCUGCUCAGAAUGACUCCAUGAAGUUAUUGCAAUACAAGUGCUCAACUUUGCCUUCCUCGUCCCUUAAUUUUAUAUCGUGUCUCUUAGAUUGUAAACCAUUAUUGUAAAAUGGAAACUACUUUUGCUGUGAUAAAAGGAGGUAGAUAGUAUACUGUUACAUCAUCAUUACGCAGGUACCGUGGUUGUAGAAUUCAGUCCUACUUGCUUUAGCCUGCACAGCAUUGCACUGGCCUUUAAGUAUAGCAGAGUAAUGAAAAAGGCAUGCAACAUCUAUUUAACAUAAAAAAUUCUUCAAAAGAUAUGAGUAAUGUUUUCGUCCCUAAGGGCAAAUAGCUAAUGUAAUCAGUGUUUCCUUUGUACCUUGCAAUACAUAGAAAUGCAAGAGGUUUGCAAUAGUUGGUUCCAAGUCAUGUGGUUUAUUUAGAUGUCUAAAAGAGAAGCUAUUCCUAUUUUCAAAGUUGUGCAUACAAUAUGUUUUCAUACUUUUUUAACUUCUAAGGUGUUAAAAUUUUGGUUUGCUUCUAGAUCUCACUGAGGGCGUAACAAUAACAUCAACUGAACAGACGAUGGUAACAAAGGCUCUAGGAGAGAAGGUUACUUUGCUCUGCCAGUAUACUCUUGCAGCAGGAGAUGAAGGACUACUUGACAUUGAAUGGGUUGUCUUGGAGCCAAAAAAGGAGCAACCAGUAAGUGAAAACCUUUAUUAAACUCCUAGGUCUUCCAUAUGUUUCACUUCCAUUUUGAACGUAGGUGAGCCCAAAGCUGAGACUAAGAAUUCAAAUGUUUAACCUAAUGUCCUUCCAGAAAAUAGUUCUAGGACAUAUUUAUUUACUACUGGGAAAAAUCGAAAUCAUAUUGGAUAGAACAUACAUAACUGUAGAGCAUGAGACUCUUAAUCUCAGGGUUAUAGGUUUGAGCCCCAUGUUAGGCGAAACACUCCUGCAUUGUAGGGGGUUGGACUAGAUGACCCUAGUGGUCCCUUCCAACUGUGAUAACUCAUAUACAAGAUAGCCAUCUGUCUCUUUUCCUUUCAGGUAAUUAUGUACAGUCAGAACACGGUUUAUGACAAGUAUCAUAUGGCUGGGCGGGUACAGUUUGUUAAUCAGAACCCAGCUGAUGGAGAUGCGAGUAUUGAUAUCCUGAACUUACAGCCGGCUGAUAGUGGCACGUACCAGUGUAAAGUGAAGAAGGCUCCUGAUAUGCAGACCCACAGAGUUCAGCUGAGUGUAUAUGGUAAGAUAUUUCUAGUUUUGCAAUUGCAUAAACUGUACAUAGUGCAGGCUCAUGACACUCUUUUCUGUUGAGAGCUGUAUUUGCUUGGAGAUACGUGUUUGCUGCAUGUUGGCAGGGGGCAAGGCUGCAGCAGCAGCAUGUGGAAAUGGGGCCAAAAGUAGGCGUGUCUCCCCCCCCCCCGCUUUCAUCCCUUUUCAGCAGUCUGCGGAAUAGGGGGAAUAGAUAACUCUUUGCUUGCAGAGGGCUUCCAAAAUUCUGAGCUGCAGGUUGCCCUGCUUUAGUGAGUUAUUAAAGGUAAAGGGACCCCUGACCAUUAGGUCCAGUCGUGGCCGACUCUGGGGUUGCGACGCUCAUCUCGCUUUAUUGGCCGAGGGAGCCGGCGUACAGCUUCCGGGUCAUGUGGCCAGCAUGACUAAGCUGCUUCUGGUGAACCAGAGCAGCACACGGAAACGCCGUUUACUUUCCCGCCGGAGCGGUACCUAUUUAUCUAUUUGCACUUUGAUGUGCUUUCGAACUCCUAGGUGGGCAUGCAUACAAUUAAUAUUACUUUUUAUCUGAUUUUAUAAAGUGGCUGUAAGUAUUGGAUGAAUAGUUGGAGAUUUGCUAGUAUUUAUUUUAAUUCAUAUAAUUUGUAUAUCAUCCUUCAUCCGAGGAUCAUAGGGCAGUUUAUAGUAUUAAAACACAAACAGAACAAUACCACCACCCCUCCCACACAGUUUAUAAGGCCACAGUCUAAGCACGGUAAAGAGGAGUUGUUAGAUGGACAGUGUUUAAAUCAGCCCCCAUAUUAUCUUGCAUUAGCUGGGCCAGGAAAUAAAGCAUUUUGCAUGCCAUAUUUCAGAUUAAAGGGCACCAUGACCAUAAGUUUGUUACAUUUUGAAGCAAGACAUAGUACAAACUGGUGGGUGGGACAAAUAUGUGGUGUGAUAUGCUAAGAAAUGGCUCUGUAGUUGGUCUCAUGGAAGAAGUAGCUUAAUCUUUUUGAAAUUGUAGUAACAAUUUGUUGGCAAACUACUGAUAUUUGAAAGAAAAUAAAAUAUGUGUAUAAAAUGUCUGUGAUGUAUGUAUAGUUUAUGUUGCGGCUACAUAUACCAUUUAAUGAGUACAUAGUUCUAAGUUUGCAUUCAUAGUACAAUAAUAUUUUUUUAAUAGAAAAACCUCAAAAGACCAAAUGCUAUGUCGAAGGAUCGCAGGAGAUUGGAACUGAUGUUACUCUGAAAUGUAAAUCCCAAGGAGGCACUCCCCUUAUAAGCUACCACUGGGGGAAGAUGGGUAAAGAAGGACUUCCGGACAGAUCAUCACUGAGUAUGCUUCUAUAUUAUUACUGUCUUUUUCAUAUUUGAACACGAGUGUCUGUUCCCUUCUAACUUCAAAUGCUAAACUAAUUACAAGCAGAGCUUUGAAUUUUAAAGAGUUGAUUUUUUAAAAAUUGAGUCUGCUCUGCUGAGUUUCUUUAAAGAAUUUUCCAGAGAUGUUUCCUUGGGCCAUGAAGGUAGUAAAAAAAAAAAAAAAAGCCCCCUGGUGAGCUCUGGAACUUGCUGAAAAGAAGAGUUAUACAGUGGUACUUUGGUUUAAGAACAGUCCUGUUUAUGAAUGAUUCAGUUUACGAACUCUGCAAAACGUGGUGUCCCGGUUUGCGAACUUUACUUUACUCAGUCCAAGAACGGAAUCUGAAUGGUGGAAGGGCACAAAAAUGAUUUCUAUCAUUCAUUUUACUGCAGUGAUUUCCAACCUUUAUGAGGAUGCUUUUUUAACCUCAAAAAAUUAAUGGUCCCCCACAUGCUAAUUGUUGUAAUUUUAUGCAACUUUAAGUCGUAUAAUGAAUAAUGAGCAAAAAAAGUAUGAACACAGUAAUAAUAAUAAUAAUAAUAAAUUUUAUUUAUAUCCCGCCCUCCCCAGCCGAAGCCGGGCUCAGGGCGGCUAACAACAAUAAAACAGUACAAAAGUACAGCACAAACAACACUCUAAAAUCAUUCAUUAUAAAAUUAAUUAAUUCAAGCCACUGGCAACCAUUGGGCCAGAGCUCCGCGAAGAUUGCCGAGGGAGGGAGUCAGGCUGUGCCCUGGCCAAAGGCCUGGUGGAACAGCUCUGUCUUGCAGGCCCUGCGGAAAGAUGUCAAGUCCCGCAGGGCCCUGGUCUCUUGUGACAGAGUGUUCCACCAGAUCAGAGCCACGGCCGAAAAAGCCCUGGCCCAGUUGAGGCCAGCCUAACUUCUCUGUGGCCUGGGACCUUCAUGAUGUUUUUAUUUGAAGGCCGUAAGUUUCUCUGUGGGGCAUACCAGGAGAGGCGGUCCCGUAGGUACGAGGGUCCUAGGCCGUAUAGGGCUUUAAAGGUUAAAACCAGCACCUUAAACCUGAUCCUGUAUUCCACCGGGAGCCAGUGCAGCUGGUAUAGCACCGGGUGAAUGUGAUCUCGCAGCGAAGACCCUGUAAGGAGUCUCGCUGCAGCAUUCUGCACCCGCUGGAGUUUCUGGGUCAGUCUCAAGGGCAGCCCCACGUAGAGCGAGUUACAAUAAUCCAGUCUGGAGGUGACCGUCGCAUGGAUCACCCAAACCUCCAUGAAUAUGUCUAUAAGGUAUUGCAUAUCAAUUUAUCUAUAAAUUCAUUUAUUUCUCCAAUAUGCCCCUUGAUGAACCCAAUGAAUACAUUCAAAAAGGUAUGAUAGACACAAGAUAAAAUUAUUUAUUUCCCCAGCACACCCAGUGAUCAACAACAUAACUAAGCAAUCAACUUGAACCAAAUAUUUAUUUCUGAGUAAUACCCAAAAGAAUUAUAAAGAAAACUUUAAUUGCCACCAAUGAUAUAUAUGGCAAUUUAUAGAGUCAUGACUCUCUUGUAUUCUUCGGUAAGUUUCCUAAUCACUGUAAGUAAAUCUACUUAUAUAUGCAGUUAAUUUGAUUCUAUUUCAUUUAUAGUUUUGUUUGUUUUUUUUUUUUUUAAUAAGGUGGCAGGCAUGAGCAGCAAAUGCUGCUCAGAACAACAGGCAACCCUAAAAGGUCUGAUGCCCAAAUGAUCUCUAAGACAGAAAACUCCCCCAAAUCCACUAAUUUUAUUCUUUAAUAAAGCACCAAAAGUAAUCUCCACUGCUGCCGUAACUGAGGAACUCAAAUGCAGCCAAUAAUUAGUAGGCAGAAAGUCCACAGCAUGGAGAUCACUAAAAUUAAAUUGAGGGUCUACAGCCCUCUACAACUGUGUAUUUCACCUUCUACAAUAAGCCCUAAGUGUUGUGCAUCAUAAAAGGCCCGAAAACGCCAAAUGCAACAUGCCUCUGCUACGUUCUUGCAACUUGCCACUAGGUUUUCCCAAGUACACCUCACAGCAACAAAGGAAAGUAGAGAAGGCAUAGACCAAUGCUGUUGAACCAUGUUCCCACAAUUUCCAGCGGUCACAGUCUCCUCAGGGAUAACAUGGCACUCCUGGGAAUGCUGCUGCAAAGAGGUACAGCAGCAUAGGAAAUCAUCCAACUGCAGACUUGGAGGAGCGUUACCCAUGGAUCCCUUGGGGGUUCCUGGCCCUAAGGUUGGGAAACAGUGUCCCAGUUCCUUAAAUAUUUUGUUAAUUUUUCCUAUUUAUAAAACUAUAAAAGCAGGCUGUUCUCAGCAGUCAGUUAAUUAAUUUUAAUAGAAAUUAAAAUUAUAAAAAAGCUUGGAAGCAAAUGGUAUUCUCUUGUAAUACAGUGGUGCCUCGCAAGACGAAAUUAAUUCGUUCUGCAAGGUUUUUUCGUCUUGCGAAUUUUUCGUCUUGCGAAGCACGGUUUCCCAAAGUCUUCAAAAUCACCAAAGUCUUCAAAAACCUCAAAAAAGGCUACCACACCAUGUGCUAUGAGUUGCUCCUCGAAGUCACCCUGGGUAUUAACGGUUUUAAGAAAAAGGAAACAAACUUGCAAGAUGUUUUCGUUUUUCGUCUUGCGAAGCAAGCCCAUAGGGAAAUUCGUCUUGCGAAGCAACUCAAAAAACGAAAAACUCUUUCGUCUUGCGAGUUUUUCGUCUUGCGAGGCAUUCGUCUUGCGAGAUACCACUGUACUAUGAAGCUUAUCCAGGCAAGGUAGAAAAACCCAAGCUCUAGAUCAACCUAGAUUAAAUGGGUGAGUAAAUAUGUGGAGGCAGGAGUUUUUCCAGACACCUUAUGAAAAGUCAGUUUAAGUUAUAGCUAGUAAACAUCUAAAUAGCAGUAGCAGAUUUGGUUGCUAAUCAGUUUGGUACCUCAUAGCUACUUCAUCUUGAUUUGGAUGGUGAUUAUAGCAGCAGCCCCAAGACUAUUCCUAAUAGGAAUGGGGUGAGUGAGUUGGCAGAGUGAGUGUCUCUGAAUAUGUUUGGAAACCAAACUUCUUCUGCACCUUAGCUGUGUUGAAUUAUUUUGUGUAAGUAAUAUGCACAGUCAAAAGUUAAACACGUAAGAACAUAAAUCCAUGCUUUAUUGAUUAUUCCUACCAAUGCUACUUUUGACAAAUUCUAAUGAAGUUUAUAUGUAUAUAUAUAUUUACAGAUUCAGAUACAGGUGAUCUUUUGAUUAAAAAUGCUUCUCGGGCUUCCUCCGGCACAUACAAAUGUGUAGCUUCCAACAGAGUUGGUGCAGAUGAGUGUUCUCUUGUGCUGAAUGUCACCCCUCGUAAGUAUUAUGUUUUGAAAGCAAAAACAUAGAAAUAAUAAUUUGGUAAGGCUUUAUCAUUAAACUGAAGAAUUAAUUCCUGCCAUCUCAUACAUCAUUGUUCUCUUUGUUUUAGCGGUGAAUAGAGCUGGAACCAUUGCUGGAGCUGUAAUAGGGACUCUUUUAGGACUCUGUUUAUUAGCUUUUAUCAUCUUCUGUUGCUGCAAGAAACAAAGAGAGAAGAAAUACGAAAAAGAAGUGCAUCAUGAUAUAAGGUGUGUCACUCUGGCAUGAGAAACUAGGCAUGAGCUCAAAAAUUUAAUUGUCAAUUUUACAAAAUGUUUUGACAAAGGCAUAUAGUUUAACCAACUUGCAUGAAAUACCAGAAACGUUGACAUCUACUCAUGUACUUCUUUGACUUCAUACUUUUCCCUUGUCCUGCCCUCAGUUUGAAAGCUCAAAGUUACUUAUAACUUAUACAAACAAUUUAAAGAAUAUUAAAUAUGUACAAUAGUGUGUAUUGGGUUUAUAAGACUAAAAUAUCCUAACAACUUGCCUGGGGAAAGUAGUACAUAAGCUACCGGUUUGAACUAUUUCACUAAAAAAUCACCACCUUGCUUAAUCUAUACGAACAUCCUUUAAAUGCAGGGGAGACUAUGUAGUGUACGUGCCAAAGUUGGCCCCUAAGAGGCAGUUUCAUAAAUGUGUAGUCAUCCCUUGGAUCAAGCACCUGGUAUAGUAUUUCAUGCUUCAGCUAUUUAGUGGUAGCGACAAAGAAAGUUUCUUGGCCAUCAUUGCAUUCACAAGUAUCCAUCCAACACACCAUUGCAGAGUUACCUGACCAAGAGAGCCUUGCUUUGACACCAUUGAAGGCCUGCUGUAACAACUCUGCGAGGCACUUUAGGGACAAAAUCACUUAGAUUUCAGUGGCAUUGGAUGCCACAAUAAGAGCAAAUCCGAUUGAGGGGUCUGCAGCUCCAUCUAUACUGGAUCAGUUUAGGUAGUUGCAGCUUGAGGAUGAUGUGGACAAGCUGUAGGGGUUGACUGGGUGGGUCCAGAGGGUGAUUAAUCAGCAGUGGUGCUCCCUCUCCUUAAGAAGAUAUCCCUGGACAAUUAUCACCCAGUGGCAAAUGCCCCCUUCCUGGGCAAGGUGCUCAAGAAGGUGGUGGUGGUCCAGAUUCAGGCAUGCUUGGAAGAAGUUGAUUAUUUAAAUCCAUUCCAGUCUUGAGUUCAGGCUUGGUCAUGGCACUGUAACUGCCUUGGUCUCCCUGGUUGAUUACAUUUAUUGGGAGAGAGCUGGGGAGAGUGGAACUCUGCUUGUUUUCUUCAAUUUCCUGGUAGCUUUCAAUGCUGUUGACCACAGUAUCCUUCUGAAGUGUCUCAGAAGGUUGGCGCACUGUUUCAGUGGUUCCACUCUUAUCUCCAGGGCCAUUUUCAGAAAGUAAUCAUGAGAGGCUACUAUUCAGUGCCAUGGGAGUUGUCUUGUUGGAUGCUGCAGGGUUCAAUCUUGGUCCCCCACCCCAUGCUAUUUAGCAUCUUUUGCAAAACCUCUGGGAGUUGUCAUCAGGAUAUUUGAAUUGUCAUCAAUAUGCAGUUGACUUCCAGCUCUGUCUCUUUGUUCUAGUUGUGGUGUUAGAUUGGUGCUUGGAUGAGGGGAUAUGCUGGAUGUGGGCCAAUAAACUGAAGCUGAAUCCUGAAAAGACGGGUGUUGUGUGUUCCAAGUUCUCAUGUCCAGGAGGUGGGGAGAUGGCCUGUCUGGACAGGGUUGCCCUCCCCUAGAAGGAGCAGGUUCACAGCUUGGAGGUGCUGUUGGAUCAUUGCAGGCUCAAGUGGAUUUGGUGGCUAGGAGUUCCUUUUUUCACCUCUGGCUGGUUUGCCAACUCUGGUCCCUUCCGGACACAGAUAACUUUGCUCCUGUACUCCAUGCUCUGGUAACUUCUAGAUUGGAUUGUUGCAAUGUGCUCCUUGUGGAACUGUGCUUGAAGGCAACUUGGAAACUGAUUGGUCCAAAAUGCAGCAGCUAGACUUUUGGCUAGGCUUCUGUUUAUGUCCCAUAUAACCCCUGUUUUGAAACAGCUGUACUAGUUUCCAGUUCAUUGCUGGGUCCAAUUCAGGUGCUCAGGUUGGUGCUUAAAGCCCCAAAUACCUUAAAGACCACUUUCCCUACAGACCUCAGGUGCCAGGAUUGGCAGAGGGGGGCCUUGAGGCAAUGUUUCAUUGAAAUAAAUGGUACCAAGUCAAUAUGGAUAGGGAUGUUUCUAAGUGUUUGGGUUUUCCUUCCUACAAGACUCUUAAGUAAUUUUAAAAAUCUGCUUAAUUUUUCAGAGAGGACGUUCCUCCUCCGAAGAGUCGUGGUUCAACAGCCCGAAGCUAUAUAGGGAGUAAUCGCUCUUCUUUGGGAUCAAUGUCUCCUUCCAAUAUGGAUGGAUAUGCCAAGACUCAAUACAACAAAGUACCAAGUGAAGACUUUGAGCGUACUUCUCCUCAGAAUCCAAAUUUUCAACCACCAAAGGUAGCUGCACCUAAUCUAAGUAGAAUGGGAGCAAUUCCUGUGAUGAUUCCAGCACAAAGCAAAGAUGGUUCCAUAGUAUAGUACAGCAUUAAUUUAUACUUUCUGCAGUUCAGUGCAUUAACUUGUUCCAGUUCUACACUUUUAAAUAUGCACAGAAUUGAUCUCGAGCAUUGACAAGUGCGCUUUGUUUACCACCUUUGUACCAAUUUUGACCAUAUACACUAAAAACUGAAACUUUUGAAGAAAGUUUUGUCAUCUCUGAGUAAACAUGAAACACUAGCAAUAUUUAAAUUCUGUAUGGGUUGUUAAAUGAACCCUUUGCUCUGAAUUUUUGAUAAUAUUAGGAGAUAUUGAACUGUAUGACAUGAAUUGUUUGUCCUUACAUUUUUAGAGUGAAUGAAAUAUAUUCAGCAUCUGUUACAGUGAUGGAAAUGUCUUGUGUAAAAAAUGGACGUAAAUUCUUGUAAUAUAGACCCCGGAAUAUUUUUAUCAACAACUUUAAACUGAAUGAAUUGUCAGUUCCAGCUAGACACAACCAGCUUGGUUGAUUUUUGAUCUCAGUUGUUCAAAAGGCACUACCACUGGUCUCUUUCUCUUGUAGGAAGAUAGUAAUUUUCUAUGACUAUUCAGCCACUAAAUAUAUCUUGUACUGCUUGCCCCAUGAGCAUAAACCUCUUUAUUUUUGGAUACAUAACACUGUGUGUGUUUGCACAAUAAGCACCUGAUUUUUUAAAAAAGAAAAUUUAAAACUGAAGUCUUAUUUCUAAAUUAACACUUGGCAUUCUGUAACCAAUACUUGCUGCAUGUCAGACACUCUGAAUUUCUGCGGAUUUGUGUGUGCAGAAGUCUGAAUUGCAGGUUGGUUGGUUUGUUUUUUUAAAAAACCCACUAUCACUUGUGUGUUCUUGGGAUAUUUAAUAUUGCUCUUUAUGUUUAUUAAUAAUAAUUUUUUAUUAACCGACCAAUUACAUCAAAUCAAACCAAAUUACAUAAAUUCCAAAUUACACAGCCGAAUUUUAAUUUUUUGUUGGGGGUACCCAUAUUUCAAGUUCCGAAGGGAUCCAAUCAACUUCUUGCUUCUUACUGCUGUUUUAAUGCCCACAAAUCUAACCUUAUGAUGUUCACAGUACUAUCCAGUCCUUUCUUAUUAUUUUUCCACAUCUCUUGUUGUUAUUUUCAUAUAUUUUUCCUUUCUCUUUGUGACCUCUGAUAUUAUUGCUCUUUAUGUUGUGUAACGAUAGUGAAGGACUUAAGGAUUUUGUCCCCUAGCUUUUCUGCAGUAUUGAUACCUUCAAUGGCUCUUUCCAAUACCUUCUGAUAAUAUUUUUUGGUUGUUCCUCCCAUCUGUGUUCCUAUUCUAUUUUAAUUAGAAAACAGAAAAGAAAAACCUAGAAGGCCAUAAAAGUGAAACCUCUACUUAAUUUAUAGUCUUUUAUCUGUUUAUUUAAAUAACCAGAUGAAUUACUAGGAAGCCAUUGAUACUGAAUUUGUAUAGAAAUGUUCCCUGUCAGAAUUACAUGAAUUUAAAUAUCAGCAGAUAUUUAAACUGCCAUUGCAGUAAGCUAUAUUACUGUGUAUUAUUUGCUCUGAUGUUAGUAAAAUACAAUGUCUGCAUUAUCUGCUCUUCCAACUUGAAGAAAUUUGGAUUACCUCUGUGUGUAGCUAUGAAAACUUCAGAUAAAAAACCAAUGUUGUAAAUAUCUAUGAUUUUCUUAACUUAGGUAGAUCUGAUAUUUUCAUGUAUUAUAGUGAGUAUUGCAUAACUUCACAUCAGGACUUUUAUGUGAAGUACAUACGCCCUGAUGAAUUUUGGUAGUGAAUAGAUUGUAAGUGUGUAAAUAGUAUUCAUAUACUGCGAUGUUUUAGAUUAUCUGAUGCCGUUGGAUUGAAUAUCCUUUUUUUUUCAUCUGUGCCUUUUCAAUAAACUUUACAUCUGAUUGUAAGUUAAGUUUCAAUUAUGGAAUAUUCUGGUGCCUGACUUUACUUUUCUUAAAGGUGCUACAAGAUGAAGGUAUAGUUUUCAACACAACACUGUGACUUAAUUCCUUCUUACUUGAUGUUUAAUUUUUUUCCCUUGCCAGUGUUUUGGAUGUUGCUCAAUUGCCUGCAUAAUGUCAUAAUGUCCUGUAUUUCAAAAUGACUCCUUUUUGUUUGUUGCUGUGUCUAUAAUACCUUCAUGGGGAUUGUUACUAUUUCCUGUAAAACCUGUUUAUCUACUGUGUUGCACCAGACAGAUGGAUGAUUAGGAAUUUAACAUGUGGCUUUUGAAAAGAGGAGGCAAAUAAUGAUGAUGAUGAUGAUGAUGAUAAUAAUACCUAAACAUGCAAUAUGAAAGCAAGCCUCCUUUAAAUAUGUAACAUGGUAUAUCCAUUUUUUUUAGAGGGCGGGGAGCACACACUGCUACUUAAAGUCAGGCUUGACAUUAUACACAAUAGAUUGGUUGAACUCUGGACUCUUUUGCUUCAGACUGAAGGCAAGCUAUUGUAUUUUUGCAUGCUUUCCCACUCAAACAAGAAAUACUAAGUGUGAUAAACUGGCACAUCAGGCAACAACUAAUAAAUCUCUGUCCAUGAUCUGCAAAUUUAGUACAUACAGAGGGAGCAUUUGUAGGAAUAUUCGAAAAGGUUACCCUACUGCACUGUUUCUGAAGUAAUACAGUCCAGAUUCUAGAAUUCUGCCACACUGCUAAAGCAGAUUAACUCUCACUGAACGAUUUAAAAAUGCUGUGUUGCACAGUUGAUGAACAUGGGGUAUAUUCAUAUAGCAUUGUCUCAGUACUCUCUACUUGUGGUAUAAAUGGGCAAAAGGCAUAAUUGUGUGGUAGCACACCAGUCAGAAGAAUUUCUGCAUAUUUAUUAACUUGUCAUCUCACAUGAAAGUAAUAAAUGGGUAGAAUGAAGGAUAGCACGAUGAGCCUUCAAAACAUAGCUCUUAGGCUUUGGGACCUUGACAGUGUCUGCUUGUUUAUAAAUUGCAUGGAGAUUGUAGUAAUAGGAACUGACAAAGCAGAUCUAUAUGUUUUAGGUAAGAAGUGACUUGGGACAGACUUUGCUCUAAGCACUUAACUUCUAGACCCUACUGAAUAACCAAAACACCAGUCUGAAGGACACUGCUAUUAUAAACAUGAUAAGGUCCGAAAAAGUUUCCCGUGGUAAACUGUCGGAUUUUCUUUAGGCUGUGUGUGUUGUUGCUUUGACAAACCAGGAAGCAGGAGAAGGGAGAGAGGUCAUGGCCUGGGAUGGCACUGUGCCCCUGCAUACCAGUAGUCAGUUCAUUAUUGUACUAAUUUACCAUCUGGAUGCUGAUGAUCUGUAGAGAAGUUGUGGAACAACAGCACAAUCAGUGUUUGAGAGGGGGGAAGCUGGUAUGUAGGGAUUAAGGUUAAUAUGGUCUGCAUUGAUUUGACAUUUAAAAAAUAGAUGUCAGGUACUGAAUUAUGUAGAAGAAAAAAUAAUGGCAUCCCAGUUGCUAGAUGGGAGGAGGUAGCAGAAUAACCUAAGUAAAUGUCUUCAGAUGGUAACAGUACUUCUGCUAAACCCCUCUCUGAAAGGCAGCAAGCAGUUAAAUAAAAAUAUUAGGGCCAUCUGUAAGUUAGUUCAUUCACAGCAGUUUUGUAUGUUGUUGAUUUUAAAAUGGCAAGUCUUUUAGCUUAAAUAUAAAAUGGCAGUCUUCAUGAAAUACAUUUGCUUUCAAUCAAAAGAUGGUACCUAGAAUGAUUUAAUAAUUUUAAUGUAUUACCAUACAUUUAAGCAAAUAAAUAUUUAACAGUAUCUCUGAUUGGUACGCCCUCAUAAGAUUGAACUGAUAAUAGUUUUUAAAAAGGGGUUAUUUUUGAAAACGUCAGUAACAAAGUUUUGAAUAUCAUCUCCUUGGGUUUGAGCCUCCUCACUGUUGAUAGAGGCAUUCUUGAUAUUGUACCUCUUACGAAAUAAUUCAUUUUUCUUGGCAUGUACAAGUUGUUGUCGCAGAAAGGGUAAUUCAUUUGUUUAAAGGCAAUGGGAUAAAUGUACUUGUGGACCUUCCUAGUUUUUGCUCAUUAUUAAGAAUGCUUAGGCCCAUUUGGUAUUAGUGUAUAACUCAGCAAUUGGAGCAAUAAUACAGGACAUUAAUGAGGCACCGUGAUUGGUUUUGGAUUUGGCAAUGAAUGCAGUUUGUAUGCAAUUCGCUUUUUCAGACUUCUGAAGUACAAGCACUGAAAUUUGUAGGACAAAUCCCAAAUUGUUGUAGUUUCAUGACUUAUGUAUUACUUGAAAUAAAGUUGUUAGUGAAAACCAUUAUUCUGAUACAGUGUCUGAGUGUGUGUUCUCUCUGUACCUGCCCCCAUCUUCUCCUGUAAGUAAUUUUGAAAGGAUAAUUCGUUUUUGUGAAAGCUGAUAGUGGUCAUUCUUAAUAUUCUGCUUCUUCCUUUAAAAAUUAAGAUAAAAAGUAAAACCAUGUGGAAAGCUGGGGCAGUUGUCCUGUUUAUUAGCAUCUAACUGUUGAGGAAUAAUUUGUGUCAGCAUGAAAGAUGUCAGCUUAUCCACAAGCCUUUUUGCAAAUGUAUUCUAACACAUCAGACAGCAAACUAGAAGGAAUUGUGGGUUUAGGGUGGCUGUAAGCUAUAUUGAUGCACACUUUCUACUGUGCUAAUGCAGUUGCCUUUGCAUCCAAGGGACAGUGAAACAUGGAAUUAAACCUUAACACUUCCCAAGUAGGUGCCUAAGCAUAAUUUGGACUCGACGCACCACGAAAGCAGCCAACAUUAAGCUUCAAGCAUGCCUGGCUGUGUGUGGAACUUCAGCUUUCAAUCUGCACGUAGUCCAAAAGGGAAAAUCGUAAUAACUGCACACUCAGUAUGGCCAGCAACCUUGGGUGUGUUUUUUUUUAUCUUAAGUAUUUAUACUCCUGCAUAUUUGUAUUCCUGAAUAUGCUCAAGACUUAGUUGAUGUGUGCUUUCUAUAUAUUUAGUAAGUUUUAUGUUCUCCCUUUCAUGAAAAGGAAAAUCACAUAAAAUAUUUUUAACGCAAUGCAAAUCACAUGAACUUCGUAUUUCCAGAGGAUGGCGACAUGUUUUAUGAAAACAUAGAUGGCUUGUAAAAAGUAAUUGCUUUGUUAUUGCAUAUCUGUUCAGCCUUGUGCUUAUUAUUGGAUUUUAGAUAUUUUAACUACAGUAUAAUGUAUGUUGUCAGACAGAUGAUUGAAUGAGUAGGUGUGUGAACACUGAAACUAUUGAGGUUUGGUUUUUUUUGGUAUACUGUAUCUUCAUUAUAUAGAAAGAGCAGGACUAUCAAGAAUGGAGUCUGUAGUAAGUGUCUGGAUGUUAUUGUGUAUAUAGUUUAAUUAUAUUUUGGUUUUUUACAUUUCUGUUGUGCAAAGCACUUGGAAUCACUUCUUGGGAAGCAGUUUAUAAAUCCUUCAUUAAAUCUCUUUAGGAUUUUCAAAAAUUGGUAGCAGGCAUGAUAGUUUAUUUUUUUUUCCAGGUUUUCCACAAAUAAGAGUCUAGAUUCUUGAAAGUAGCUAACCCUUUUCAUUGUUGUAACAGGAAGAGAGCUUGGUACAUUAUUUGCUUUCAGGAUUUAUAAACUGCUUCCCAACAAGUGUGUCUGUAGGAAAGACAUGUAAAAACAAAAAUCCAUAUGGAGUAAAAAUAAAUUGAUACAUAACAAUCUAAAACCACAUAGUAAAUGCAUCAAAUCAUCCAGAUUCCACUUGCUAGUAGUAUAAAAUGGCUGAGCCUCCCCUAAGGGAAAGUUUCAGUAACUAUCUAAAAGCAAAAUACUAAUAUUUGUUCACAACAGGGGUUCCUGUAGUGUUUAAGAUUGGGGUGAAACUAAUGAUAAGAUACUUUCCCACCAGUAUUACAGAUAUUUGGAAAACUAGAGAACAUGAGAAAACCCUAAACUCAUUCAUUUUUUUGUAAUAUAGUUUUUAUUCAUUUUCAUCUGUUUAACAUUGUUGCAAUGAGAUAUAUAUCCGCUUACAUUAGAGCAACAAUUACCUAAAGUUAAAAAUAAAACAAUAAACACCCAGAUAAACAUUUCUGAAUAUAUUCACAAAGUUAACAAUUAUUACAAAUAUUACAGAUAUGAAAUGUUUACUCCAAUUUAAUGUUAAUAAAUUGGUGACCAUAAGCAAAAGGUACUUCGUAUCAACAACAGUUAGAAUUUAUAGGGAGGAGAGAAGGGGAAAAAAUUAAAAUAGGCACUUCGUUCAUGCCAGACUCUGCUGUAAACUAUGUAUGGGUACUGUUCCCAGACUGCAUACAAAUUCUAAACUCAUACUUUUAAAAUUCUCUUUGUGUGUAGAAAUUUGUGUAGUUUUCCCAUUCAGGUUAUGAUUGCAAAAGUUCUACUUUUGAUUUAAAGAAAAACAUGUCGUCGUAACUUCUGGAGCCAAUUUUAAGAUUAUGGGUUGAGAUAAGAAUUCACAAAGCCCAGAAAGGCUUGCCUUCAAAGCAUACAAAGGAUAGUUAAUGAUGCUCAGAAAUCAAAACCUGAGAAUACUAUAAUUGUUAUACUACUGGUCCUGUAGUAUAAUGCAGCUCUAAUAAUAAAUUAUAUCCCACUCUUAUUCUAAAAAUAUGAAGAGUAGAAUUUUUUUUGUUGUCGUGUGAUGCUUGAUAAAAUUAUAAAUCAAUUUAGGACUUUCAUUCCCUUUUUGCUUAUACCUUUCUUCUGUUACUUUUAUCUAAUUCACCAUACUGAAUCAUACGGUGCCAAGUUAAUAAAGCACAAAAGCUAUGCAAGGCUUUGGACUAGUGAAUGAUUACUUUUGAGGCUGAAGCAAGCUGACAUCUCUGGGCACAGCUGGUGAAUUGAAGAACAUAGUUGAGAGCCUGUGUUGUAGCUGCCAGCUUUCUCUGUGCUAGAUGCUACUGCUUUCUGGUAGUAAAUAGAUUGCCCUUUCCCAUCACCUCUAAUUCUAUAACCAUCCAUACUGUAGUAUUUCCAGUAAUGCAAUAUGCUUAACAAAACAAACGAAAGUAUGUGUGGCAAGAGGAAGUGCAAUUUGUUAGUCAUGGGCAACUUAAAACCAUCAGGAGUGACGCCUCAUGCCUUUCAUAUGGACUAGAUUUUGAGUGUCACGUAGCAGUACAGAGUUUCAAACAAAUAUGUGCUCUCCCACAUUCCAAGCAUGUUUGCACUCCUUUCUCAGUGACACCUAUGCUGGCUUGGUCGUGUCCACAGAAUGGAAGAUGGCAGGAUCCCCAAGGAUGUGCUCUAUGGGGCUUAAGGCACCAGGUUCAUUGGCAGACCAACUGCGUUACGAAGAUGUCUGCAAAUGUGACAUGAGGAAUGGCAACAUCAACCCUGCUGUGCGCAGGCAACCACAGUGCCUGGAGACAGUCAGGUUGUGUGUCAAUAGCAGUGACCAGAAAAGGAAUGACCGCUGGGGGGAGCACAGAGAGAAGAAACACCAUGAUUCAUCUGCAGCAGCACAACUGGGUGCCUUCAUUUGCUCCAGCUGCAACAAAGCAGGUCUCUCUAUUAUAUCUCUCUACAGCAACAGCAGGCGCUGCAACCUUCCAACAGUUCAAAGGAGCAGUCUUCCAGUGUCUCCUGGGACAGACGGAUGCCAACAAAUAUCUGUGGGACUUAACACCUCUCUGGCAAUAGGAGUAGAAGCUUCAGGGAAUGGAGUGACAAAUGUUGGAAAGAUUAAUACUUUCCCCAUUGAACUGCAAGUUUUAUUUAACCUUGGGCUACACUGGUUCUUCCAGAUCUUAACAUAGCCUAAGCAUUGUGGCUCAUGUACUGGUAACCUUAAGGUUGGAUUUUGGCUGGGGCGGGGAACUUUCUUGUCACACCAAAGGCCCCAUUCCCAUCUGGGCAUCCUUCUGUGGCCUCCAUGCCAGAAAGGGCCAAAGGCUAAAGUGGGCCAAGCAACUAAUGCAAGUUUUUCCUUGGUACAGAGAGUUGGUUUUUACACCCACCAGCCCUCUUCUCCAUCCAGACCACAGAGAGGCAGAAGUUAAAGGACACAUUCCAGCCAAACAAAAACAUUCCAGCCAGACAAAAAUCCCACCCAAAGCAGGAAAUUGAUCAAUUAUCCAGAUCAAUUAUCCACACAGCACUUCUGCCUUUACCAUAAGCUUCAGUUUGGACAACAGAGUAAGGCAAACUUUGGCCUAACUCAGAACAACAGAGAAGCAAAUAUGUUGUGAGCCCACAUGUUUUCACAAUCUCACUAAACCAGUGUUUGGCUUAAGUGUGUCAUGCAAACCAGGCCACCGAUAAGUACCUGGACUGAUGUUAAUAACCAGAAUUAGAAAGGGGUGGAGAAUGGAGGAGAAUCUGAAUGAUGAUUGAAAAUGAAUUUCCCAACAUGAAGUAAAUGUUCUUGUGAUCUUGCCUGUUCCGUUUCCAGGUAUAAUAUCACAAAGAGUAGGCUGAAAACUGGAUCUUGGGUUGACAGCCUAACUGCAAAAUAUUUUUUGCCUGGGGGUAGGGGGAACCAAGCCGUGCUGCUUAGUUUAUAUAUAUUUAUAUAAAAUACAAGUAGACAGGUACUUUCUUUUAGAAUGGGGUGGCCUAAAUAAAAUAUAAACCAGACACUUGACCUCUGUGGUAAAGUAAGUAGCUCCUCAUUGUUGCAGUAAACGUUGCUUAAUAUUGGUUAGAAACAGUAGAAAUGCUUUUUAGUUUAUACUGCGUAUCUCUCACACACGUCUUAAAAUGGUGAAAAGUUUAGAUAUAUGACAUGACCCAUUUGUAUACCCUAGUGUCUUGAUUCCUUUUGACUUUGGUAAAUGUGUAAAAAAAUCCCUUCUUGGGGGGGUUGGUUGGUAUAAGACUACUCAAAGACUACAUAAUCUCAUAAAAGAGUUUGUUUAUACAACAUGCACCAACCGUUUCCCAACUCAGCUGCUCAUAGCAUUACUUAAAAUGCUUUGCGAAAUACUUAAUAAGUGGAGGAGGAGGGGUGCUUUGCAAAUGCAAAUUGUCCUUUAAAUAGGCUGACACUGCCAUACCUGAAUAAUAAAACUGAUAGAGAAAAUUGAUAGAGAAAAUAAUUCAUUCACCCUUGUGGCAUAAAUUUCAUUGUUUUACUCUUUGUGUAAACAAUUUUGAGGUAUUUCUUACAAUCAAGUGGUAUAUUAAUUUUAUGAAAAGAUUUUUCUUUUAGUGAUUGCAUAUUGCAUUUUUGAAGCAUCCUAUACCACUGCUAAAAGUUUUGAUUUAGGAAACAUUUGGCUUGGAUCAGCCAGGAUUUGUUAAUGUGUAACAGACUAUCUAAAAUGUUUUAUUCCCCUUCAUGAUGAUAAAGCUUUGUAUUUUCUUCCUCUGAGUGAUGAUACUUUAUAAACUUUCUUUUAAAAACUGCAUUGGUUCUAUAAAACCAAUUUAAGUUUCAUUUCCUGUUCAUCCCUAUGGAGUUCCUUUCAAUUCCACAUAGCAAAUUUCUGUAUCUUGAAUAUAGAACAUCCUUGGUUAAUAAAAUAUUUUAAGACGUAAUUAUUUCACAGCAUUGAAUUUUGAAAGAGUUUUGGCAUGCAGCUGUUCCCAUAGUGUGUGUGUGUGUGUGUGUGUGUACAUACAUACACACACUAUAAUGGAACUAAAGGGGCUGAUAUUUCACCCUGCCAUUAUUGAAAAGAUGAGUAGUUCAGUUGAAAACAUACUGUUCACCAAACCCCUAAAAUUCCACUGUGUGAAGUAAGGGACAUUUGUGUUUUUUGCAUGAACUGAUCUGUUGUUCUCGCUGUGUUAAUAUAAGCUUUCCUGAUAUACCAAUAGCUAUAAAGUCCAAAGUUAAAUUCCUUUUAUAGCGAAGCUGACAUGUCAGUUCAUCAAAGACCAAACUUAUCUAAGGCACUUGGAAAAAAUCUUUUUUGGUUCACUGCCCUUCUAGGGAGAUAUAAAUUCCUGGGACAGGUCUUAAUGCAUCAGAUGAGAAGACUCUGGAAGCAGGAAAGAACACUUCUCUAGAGCAGAAAUAGUACACCCUGAUCAUGCCAAAUCAUACAAAAAGUUGAGACAUCAAUUCUCCCUUGUUUCCAGUGAUGAUGUGCUUAUAAAGGAAAGAGGUACUUUUGUUGGCUGAGAAAAUCCCUUGGUUUAAGAUUCCUUGUGACAGGUAGUCUGUUAGUAGACCUAAAUUGAGCUAACCAGGGCAUUCUGCUUUAUUGGCUUCCAGUACUUCUAAUGAAUACCUGCAACAUUAAUAUCCUUUAAAAGUCUGUUAUGUAUCAGACAGAGGUUCCCUCUUAUAUUUUUUAAUUCCUGCUGAAGGCCUUCCUUUUCCAGCCAGUAUUUUAAAUGACUAUCUGUAUUGUACUUGAACUUUUAAAAAUACAUCUUUUUAUUGUAGAUGUUUUUCUUUUAAAAUUGCUUUUAAAUGCUUUAUGGCAAGCAGUUCAUAAAUGGAAUAAAGAAAGAUUUGUGGCUAUUUCUGCAUAUCCAUUGUUUCUUAUGCUAUGUAGUUCCUGUACGAAGUAAAAAAUUCCUUUUCCCUUAACUGGCAUCUAUUUCUGAAAUAUUUAUCAUCUAUGUUUUUCCCAUUACCACUGUUUUGCACCUGGCUCUGGUUGAGGAAUUUGGGUGUUACAGAAGAAAACCCCCCCACUAGAUCCCACAAGCCUAAAUUCUGCUCACCCUUAGGUCAAUGAGUUCCUGCCCAUACUGAAACCUGGGACAUUGUAGCACGCAAGUUAGUUUUAUGUUAGUGGGCUCUCAUUAACUACCAUAUUUAUACAAUUCUAAUGCGCCAGUGAAUGUAAUGCGCGCCUCAAUUUAAAAAAAAAAAAAUUGAAACCAAAGAAGUAUUCUCUGGCGCCAUCAAAUCUAAUGCACACCCUAAUCUUUGUGACGUAAUUUGGUCCAAAAAGGUGCGCCUUACAUUUGAGUCAAUACAGUACAUAUCUAUUUUUUAAAUCCUAAGUCAGUUGGUAAAUAUACACAAGGAGGGUUUAGGACUCACUUUGCAUAUAUGCAAGGGAUUUAAGCUGUAGACUACUCUUGAGAGCACUGCAGUGUUGAAGGUGUGAGAUACAAAUAAAAUGUUAAAAGUACUGAAUUUAGGGGGAAAUAGGAAAUGAUUUUGUGCAAAUGGUUCGGCAAGUGCUUGCAUAAUCAGAAAAAUAUCUUCUGGAUAGUCAUUCUUCUGUUCUUUAGCUAAGCUGGAUGCAUCCCUCCCACAAGUGGAAUCUUAGAUCCAGACCAUUGUGGCAAAUUCAGAAGGUUUUAAGGCUUAAUAAAAGACUGUCUGAAGCUUAUAACACUGACUCCUCUGGGUUUCCCCCCUCUAAAACAGUUUGUUUUUUUAAAAAAAAAAGGGAAAAAGAAUGAUCAUUAAAAUGAUAACAGACUUAGACCUAGAGAUGAAAGCAGAAUGAAUAAGAAUUAAAAGAAGGCAACAGCCUUGGACACAGUUAUGUGAAUAAUGUAAAUGGAACAUCAGCUUGCAGAACUUGAUAAGAAUUUGGAGUGAAAAUUUGGGAGGGAGAUGCAGCAGUCGGAGAAGGAAAGGUUUAAACUAAGAUACCUACACAAAUUAAAAGUAGGGGGUCAAAAAUGUCAAUUGUUUUGUGUUUUUGAAUUCUGCCUCAUACUCGUAACCUUGAGUUCUACAUCUUGCUUCCCACCUGCUCCUUCAGUCUUUAGAAUUGGGAGUCAGAAGUACAAGCGAUUCUGCAGUGUUUCUUACUUUUGUAAUGUGCACCAUCUUGUUCAGAAUGAUUUGAUUAUAUGUAAAAAAGAAAAUUCAUGUAUAACAUAUUCCUAAUCUGGGAUGGAAAGAGUAGUAGCACUUGUGUUUGUGAACUAGGUUUGAGGUACUCCAUAUAAAACAAACAUACAACAGAAAGAAUCCUAAACCACUUAGCUUGAUUCUUUUUGAAUAAGUAGAACUGGUUUUAUUGGAGGGGAAAAUUUGGAUCCUAGAGCAUUUACACAAUUUUAAUUUCAUUGACUUUACAAUUUGAAUUAGACUUGCAGUUAUCCAGCCACGACAGUUUUACAGCUCAAGGGUGUCUGGAUUAAUUUUUUUAUAUUCCAGUUCAAAUUGAUUAUUUAUACUUGAAUAUACUAGAGCUCUGUAUUGAUUGAUAAUAUUUUCUCUAUUUAUAGUAUGGCCACGCAAGCAGGAUGGGUGACAUAACAGUGGUAUAAACUUGAAGAAACAACUUGUUUGUCAUGAAUUUCAAGUUACGGAACAAAUGAAGUACUCUGUAUUUUGUCAUAACUUUUAGAAUCUACAGACAAGAUGGUAAUGUAGACUAAAUUUACAUUGCAGGUAGCAUUUUGCCUGCUGAAUGUUUACAACAUGUUUUGCUUUAAAGAUUUCUUCCAUUGUAAUAGUGCUAGACAUGAAUAUGUGGGAAAAUAUGAAGGUUAACACUGGAUCUGCGUGCAAAUUCAAAAGAUCAACCCAGAUAACAAUGUAGCUCAUAUUUUUUGUGGUUAAUCAAUUCAAUCUGUUUGCUUAGAUUUGUAUGAAAUUACACUUAGCAAUGAAUUAGUAUGUUUGAGGCAACAUGUGCCUUCCAUACUGUAUAUUUUGGUGCUGUCUUUUUUAAUCUUCUGAUUUUUUAAACACAAAUACACCUUUUUUUAAAAUACUUGUGCAUUGUAACACUUAAUAAAAUUUUGUACGAUGAUACCUUACAUGUACAGCAGAUGUUUAUCCAUUGAAGUUGGGAAUUGUAAUCGCCAUUGAUUUCUAUGAUUUGCAUGGUGGUUCAGUAAUUUUAAGUGUUGUGCUCUUAAGAUUUUUUUUGCAGUGAACCUGCUGACUGCUUCUUAGAUAUUGUCAUUACUAGCACUUCGAUUUGGGUCUUGAAACAAAUAAGAAGCCAGUGCAAUUGAAUAAUAUGUUCACCACCAACUUUCCUUCUCAGGAGGGGGAGUCCACAGAAUUCUGUAUUGGCUGAUAUUGUGAUGCAGGAAGAAUAGGCUGGAGUGGAGAACAGCUGGCUUACAAGACAUAUAAAAGCCACCCAUUUACUUCCACUGAGAAGCAUUUUUCCCAAGCCUAACGCCCUCCCAGAGGGCUAUUUAGGAGGGUUACAGCUAUAAAGGCAAGGCUUAGUCCAGGGGUCGGCAAGGUUUAUCUCACCUGGGCCAGUUCACUCCAGUGGAGAUCCCUCCAUAGGCUCCAUUGUGUGUGAGGCCGCAAUUUCUGGCAUCUGCGUCUGCACAGAUGCAAUUUCCGGCACUGUGGAAGCGAGUCCCUGCACUGCACUGUGCUGCUUUAGCACAGCGCGUGGGGACUCGCCGAGCGGGCAACUCGGUUCGGGGGCCAGUUAAACGACCCCCGUGGGCCACUUGGGGCCCAUGGGCCUUAGGUUGCCUACCCCUGGCUUAGUCCUUCCCUCCUUCCUCCAUAAAGAUCGCACCGCCCUCUGGCAAGACUCAUACAGUUUUCAAUACUUUGUGUGUAUAAGAGAAUAUGAAUGGAGGGGAACGGAGUCACAUGAUGUGUGGAUGUGUGUGAAUUGGUGUGGGGGGGAAUAGAGGAGAGAGAGAGAUGGUAGCCCUGCCCAUUUUAGUACCAUUGGCAUGCAGUCCCAGAAGUUUAUCCAUGAGGGAAUUUGUUCCUGAAAGAUGUUUCCACCACACCUUGUACCUUGCACAUUCAUCUAGAUGGGUAGAUCUGUUGACUCUCUAUCCCUACACUGACCCACUACUAUAGUUUCUGUCUUGCCUGGAUUAAGCUUCUGCUUCUUAGCACUUAACAGCACUUAAAUUAGCAUUAUGUGCUAGAUGUUGGCCUUGUUAGCUUUUAGGGGCUAAAGCUCAGAUUGAGAUGGAAACAAGACCUCUGCUGGUUCAGUCUUAUCUCAAUUGCCUUUAAACUUUUUUAUUUAUUUAUUUUUUGGUUAAAAAGUGGCAGAUACAUUUAAUUAAUAAAUAAUGAAAUCUAAAAUUAAUUUAUCCCAACAGACCUUUUUGUGGGAUGUUAAUGACUUGGUCAGAUUCUGAUACUGGUUUACUGGUACUACUGACUUUGCCAUAAUUUUUUAUCUGUUUCUGUUUUAUUGUUUGUUUGAUGAUUUGUAAUUGAUAUUUUUUUCGCUUUAAUUUCUUGUACCUUGCCCUAGUUUCACUGUGUGAAGAAAGGCGGGCUAGAAACAUUUUUUAUUAAAAAUUAAAAUAAAUAAAAUAAGAUUAAAAUAAACAAAUUCUGUUCUUUUAAAUAGCUUCUGUAAAUAAUAACAAACUGAAGGACCGACCACAUCUCAGUGGUAGAGUAUCUCUGGCUUGUAUGUAGAAGGUCUUGGGUUCAUUCCUUGGUAGCCCCAGGUAGGGCUGCCUGAGAUUCCUGUCUGAAGCCCUGGAAAAUGACUGCCAGUCAUCGUCUUGUACGGACCAGUGUCCAAAUCGAUAGAAGGCAGCUUCAUAUGGAGUCUCAGAUUACGCUUUUAGCAAUUUGGAUGCCACUGUACACAUUUUCUAUAGUUCACAUAGCAAUGUGAUGUUAUCUGCUACUAGACCUUGGAACUUGAAAGAUGUUGUAGGAAACUGAAAAUGAACUCCUUUUCAGUGCCUCUUCAACACUUGUAUCUUCCAUCAUACUGAGAUUUCAAGCAUUUUUUUGCUCAUUUUAUUUUACUGUAGUAGUAAUAUUCCAGACCCUGAGCCGAUAUAAACUAAUUUUAGCAUGACCUUUCCAUCGAAUGCUGGGGAGAUGCUUCUAUUUAAGUUCAUAAGGUACCUCACCAUUCUCUCCCAUCCUUCAGUACCAGUAGGGACAUUGAGGUGUUGCCAGUUUGCAACGUUGUUAGGUUGAUUCACGUUUAAUUUAAAUCCAGGUGAUUAAUGAAGGGAGGAGGAAGAUUGGCAACCUGUGC